AUGUCGUCACUUGGGGUGGCCGGAGGAGGCGAUGGCAGCCCAAAAACUGGUGCGAUGAACAGUAACAAAUGGGAGGAGCUGCUGUUCUGGAAUUUUGGGGGAGAUGAACACCCCCCCCAGCCUUUGGUUGCGACGGCAGCAACUUCUCCAAGCCACCGUCGCCACCACACGCCGCCACUUGGGGCAACACAGGUCCCGUUAGAACUGCCUCACUUACCUCUUCGAUUACCGACCGGUCCCAGCCUCGAUCCGCAGUCUUCUUCGCCGGAAACCGCCCCGAAACAGACCGGAUUUUUGACAGUUUUGACAGAUUUUCUCAAGCUCGUUUCGGGUGAUUCCGGCCACCAUUUCCGACGAUCUAGGUAUGAUUUUUCAACCUCUUGA